AAGAUCACAAUGAGCUUGGAAUUGAAGAGAACUUUGCUGGCCAAACAUGUGGUGAAAAGGCAAAAGCUUGGUGGUACUUCUGCUGUGCAGGCAGACCAGAAAGAAAAAUUGGCGACUCUUAAAGCAGAGGUGAGCCAGGCCAUCGACUAUAAGUUCGCUACAUUAUAUGCCCAUUUGGCUGAAAAAGACUCUGUCAACAUCCGAAUUGGAAAUAAUGACAAUAUCUGCAAGCGAUUGACCCAAAUAACAAAAUCAAUCAACGAAAAAUCACAGGCAGUAUUGGUGAGCUCCUCGUUGGAUGGAUAUCACAAGUUGCUUUCCAUUGUGGAAUUGUUCAAAUUGAAGCUACUAAACGAUGAUAAGACAACACUGGGUCUCCCUAACGAGGCAAAGGUGGGUUGUCUUUCCUCCAGGCACUUUCACCAGUACAAUAAAAUCGAUUAUGUGACGGUCACCAGCGAUUACAAUCAACUAUUGAAAGGUGCCAGAUCUGGCGUUGAUGCCCAGAGUGAAAAAUCAAUGAAGCAGAUUCAAAAGGAACUAUUGUGCACGAUUAAAAAGACUUUCAAGCUCCCUCUCUUCCUAGUGGUGUUGAGGGUGGGUGAUGGCUUGACACAGGAUGCCGCGUUACUCGAAAGGGGCUGGAGCUAUCAAAACGAGGAGUUGGUUAUAUAAUGGGUAAAACGGUUGAAGCUAAAUAGUCUUCAUGAGGCAUAGACAGUUAUUGGCAGGAAUGGAUUUUAUGAUUAUUUAUAACGAGACAGAGGGUAUUGAAGGUGAAGGAAAGAACUUGUAUCCAACCUCGUUUUCCAUAAUAAAUGUCGCAUAGAUCUGAGUGUGAUAUUUGUCCUGGGUUAACGCCUUAGAGUCUCGUAGAGAAUUUCGCUGCGAUAAAAUACUUCGGGUUGUGCAUAACUCAGGUAUCCCAAGUUGGCGUACUUCGAUAUCCCUGUCACGUUCAGUUUUUUAACCCGUCUUACCUAUCGUACUUCAACAACGU